AUGUUACACCCACAUACCGGAUUUUCCAGCCAAACUCCUAAUCCUAACACCCGUGAAAUCGGUGGUAGAAUUAUUCAUAGACCUAUUCCUGUCGGUGCUUUCCAAUCAAGACCACCUGGUGGUGUCCCCAGAUCCUACAAUAUGGCUCCAAAGGUUCAAGGGCAAGUUGACACAACGCCAAUUAGUCAUUGGUUCCAUGGAAAUAUUAGUCGAGAGGACACAGAAUGUUUAUUAAAACACAGUGGUGUCAAUGGAACCUUCCUUAUCCGGUUCAGUACUUCCACUCAAAAAUAUGUUUUAAGUGUCAUUUAUAAUCAACAACUAUAUCAUUAUCCGAUUGAAGAACUGCUCGAUGGGUUUUAUCAGGUAAAUGGAACUAAUGCUAAGUACUUGGGCAUCGAUCUCCUUGUAUCGGAAUUCCGCAGAGCCAAUAAUUGUAUAGUUUGCUCACUUGGUAAACCUAUUCUUGGUUCAAAACCUCCUCCCCAUAUUACAGUUUACGGUUCUACCAACGAACUACAUCAUGCUGUGAGGAAAGGGAAUCUAAAAGGUGUUCGUGAUCUGCUUAACCGCGUGGCUUCAACAAACGUAACAAUCAAUGAGUAUGUCAAUGAAAAAUCUGCGGACAGUGGGGCUACACCACUCAUUGAGGCUGCAAAGACUGGGUCUAAUGAUAUUGUUCGUUUGUUGCUAGACCACGGAGCACAAGUGAACCUUCGUGAUUGUGGUGGCUUUACAGCCCUCCACCGUGCCUGCCAAAAGUCCUUUGCUCAUGUGGCAGAGACACUUCUGCGGAUGGGCCGAGCCAAUCCUCAAAUCAAAUGUCCCUUCUCGGGCAACACGGCGCUGCACGAAGCAGCAAUGCUUGGACAUGCAGACUGUGUAAACUGUCUCUUAGAAUUCCACGCAGCACCUUGGGCCCGUAAUGCUGAGUUGGAGAUGCCUUUUGAACUAGCCCUCCGAUUUGGAUUCGCAGAAUUGGCCAAUGCGCUAGCUGGGUACCAACCUGCUUCGCCCCUUACUUCACAGGUAAUAUAUAGUUAG